GCUCACCGAGGGAGUGGGGGCCCAACUUUGGAAUUGUUCGGCUUCGGCGCGAAACUAUUUAAUUUAUUCAAAGCCGCGAACCACAAUGCAAAGAUUUCCCUUCUAAACUGAUAAUUAUCUCAAAUUACUUCUUUGAGAAUGGCCUCUUGACAGGAUUCGUGCGAUAGGACAUGACAAAUGCUUGCCAUUUCAACGUUUUUAAGGCUUUAAAUUUUGCAACAGCGGUGGUUCGAAGAUCAUUAAGUUCUCCUUGCAACUUGGCAUACCCGUGCAAGUGCUCAUUAAGACAAAUUCACAUGGAAAGUAAUAACAAAAUUGAUUCAAGGGGAGCCUUAAUUGUUCUUGAAGGUCUGGAUCGUUGUGGAAAGACCUCUCAGUGCAGCAGAUUGCUUUCUUACCUAGAAGAGUUGGGACAUUCAGUCGAAUCAUGGAGAUUUCCUGAUAGAAAUACAGGUGUUGGACAAAUGAUUUCUUCCUAUCUAGAAAACAAAUCCCAUUUGGAUGAUCACGCAAUCCAUCUCCUCUUUAGUGCGAAUCGUUGGGAGAAGAGAUCGUUGAUGGAGUCUAAGCUGAAGAGUGGAACCACACUGAUUAUUGAUCGCUAUUCUUUCUCCGGUGUUGCUUUCUCAUCUGCCAAGGGACUUGAUGUGGAGUGGUGCAAGGCUCCAGAGGCAGGACUGCUAGCUCCAGAUAUAGUUAUAUACCUUGACAUUUCACCAGAGAAAGCUGCUGAAAGAGGAGGUUAUGGAGGUGAGAGGUACGAGCAGCUUGAGUUCCAGAAAAGAGUUGCUCAAUCAUAUAAGAUGCUUCGUGAUUCCACGUGGAAGAUUGUAGAUGCAACGCUUCCAAUCGAAGAUGUUGAGAAGCAGCUGAGACAAAUUGUUAUGGAGUGCGUGUUGAAAUGCCAAAAGGGGAAGCCUUUCGUAGAACUGUGGCAAAAUUAGUUAUUUAUACUGUUUGAGAGUACAACUUAUAAACUAGUUUGCCUUGAUGAGAUGGUAUCUUGAGGUUGCAUUAUGUUUCUCCUGAAUGUAUAUCACAUAUGGAUAUGUUUUAUGCGUGAGUGUGAUUUUUUCAGGCCAUGAUAAUGGAACAUAAUUUAGCAGUUGCCGGUGA